CCAUUUUUGCCCAUUCCAUCCAGCGAUUUGGGUAUUUUUGUUUGAACUAACCUUCUCGCUGUUCGACGCAGUUACUUCCUCCUAUAAUCUCCACAAACAAUAUCCAUACAGCACCGCUAAUAUGCCUCAACCUACCGAACUCUCCACCUGGACGGAGCUGGAGAACCACUACAAGCAAGUCGGUAAGACCUUCGUGCUGAAGGAGGCCUUCGCAUCCGACCCCGAGCGCUACGCGAAGCUGUCAAAGACGUUUCACAACACCCCCUCGAGCACCGACAUCCUGUUCGACUUCAGCAAGAACCUGGUCACACCCGAGACCAUCAACCUGUUGGUCAAGCUGGCCGAGGAGGCCGGCAUCGAGGAGAAGCGCGAUGCUAUGUUCGCCGGCGAGAAGAUCAACUUCACCGAACAGCGCGCCGUCUACCACCCUGCCUUGCGAAAUGUCGGCGGCUGGGAGAUGAAGGUCGAGGGCCAGGAUGUCAUGAACGUCAAGGGAGGCGUCAACGACGUCCUCGCACACAUGAAAGAGUUCUCGGAGCAGGUCCGCAGCGGCGAGUGGAAGGGUUUCACUGGCAAAAAGCUCACUACCAUCAUCAAUGUCGGCAUUGGCGGUUCUGAUCUUGGCCCGGUCAUGGUCACCGAGGCCCUGAAGCACUACGGCGCCAAGGAUAUGACUCUGCACUUCGUGUCCAACAUCGACGGCACCCACAUGGCUGAGGCCCUGGCCAACUCUGACCCCGAGACGACCCUCUUCCUGAUCGCCUCCAAGACCUUCACCACCGCCGAGACCACCACAAACGCUAACACCGGAAAGACAUGGUUCCUCGAGAAGACGGGCGGCAAGGGCGACAUCGCCAAGCAUUUCGUUGCUCUAUCCACCAACGAGGCGGAAGUCACGAAGUUCGGCAUCGACGCCAAGAACAUGUUCGGCUUCGAGAGCUGGGUCGGUGGCCGCUACUCUGUGUGGAGCGCCAUUGGACUGAGCGUCGCUCUCUACAUCGGCUACGACAACUUCCACAAGUUCCUGGCCGGUGCGCACGAGAUGGACAAGCACUUCCGCGAGACGCCCCUCAAGGACAACAUUCCCAUUCUUGGGGGUCUCUUGAGCGUGUGGUACAGCGACUUCUUUGCUGCCCAGACGCACUUGGUUGCUCCUUUCGACCAGUACCUCCACCGUUUCCCGGCUUACCUGCAGCAACUCUCCAUGGAGUCCAACGGCAAGACCAUCACCUCGGACGGCUCGCCUGCUAAGUACACGACCGGUCCCAUUCUCUUUGGCGAGCCGUGUACCAACGCCCAGCACUCUUUCUUCCAACUUGUUCACCAGGGCACCAAGCUGAUCCCCACCGAUUUUAUUCUGGCUGCCAAGUCGCACAACCCCAUUUCCGACAACCUACACCAAAAGAUGUUGGCCUCCAACUACUUCGCCCAGGCUGAGGCACUCAUGAUCGGCAAGACGCCCGAACAGGUUAAGAGCGAAGGUACUCCCGACGACUUGGUGCCGCACAAGGUCUUCAUGGGCAACCGGCCCACGACCUCCAUUCUCGUCGGUGGCACCAUUGGCCCUGCCGAACUCGGUGCUUUAAUUGUCUACUAUGAGCACCUCACCUUCACCGAAGGUGCUAUCUGGGACAUCAACAGCUUCGACCAGUGGGGUGUCGAGCUGGGCAAGGUCCUGGCCAAGAAGAUUCUUGCGGAGCUCGACGAGCCCGGCAACGGUGGUGACCACGAUGCCAGCACGGGAAGCUUGAUUGGCGCUUUCAAGAAGUACGCUUCCUCGUGACUUGAUGGUGGUGAUGACCAGCAAGGUGAGCGGGCGUCGCCACCAAGCAAGGCUCGAUUGUGAGCUUCUUCCGAUGUUAUGAGAUCAUUGGUCCCGGAAGUUUGUUUUCUUGGAGAGAACAAGUGGUGUAACUGGUAUAGCAG